AAAUGAUUUCUUGACAAACUGACAAUUACAGAUACUGAAAAUUCACCAAUGUCAAAAUUUUCGAAUCGCGUAAACAUAAUCCGGCGUAAGUAAAAAAAAAUAAUUUCAUGGAGAAUUCAAAAAAUGUACAACUUCACGAAAUCAUCAAGAAUUCCCUUGCAACUUAUCUCAGUUACAAAUGGUCUGCCGACAAGCUCUACCUAAAGAAAAGGAGGAAAAAGGAACAGAAGGAAGAAAAUCAGAAGAAGAAGAAACCGUGCAGUUUAGCCAAACAACGGUCUGUUAUAAACUUGGAGAACAAUGUAUUCAUUUACGAUGCUAAGAACAAAACUUUCACUCAGUUGGAUUUAUGUGAUUGUUUCAAGAAUGGCCUGAAAUACAGAAAAAUUGACCCUUUUGCCUCAAAUAAGUCUGUCAAGAAGAAAUAUGAACUAUGUGAAAUACCGCGAAAUUCCCCUAAUGAUCUGCAAGAAUAUCAAAGCUUUCAGCUCAUGAAUGUUAAGGACAGUGUAGAGCACAUUUUCAGUAAUCAACUCAUUAAAAAAGGACACUGGACCAAGACCAUCAAUCAACUGUGUCCUUCCAAGUUCGAUUUUUUCAUACAGAAAGAGCUAAACAAAUGCGCCGGUAAAAACUUCGACGUGAAAUCAAUCAAGAUAAAUACCAAACAAGAAUCCGGAAUAUCUUCCAACGACAAAGUUUGCAGUAGCGCUGCUAUCGGUUAUUAUACAAUAACAACAUAUGACGAUGCUUUACAAGGCGAGAAUCCAAAAAUUGGAAAAGGUAGGAAAACCAGUACAAAACAAUGCAAUUUCAUCGGCAUUCGUGAAGAAACGAUAAGCCCAAAAAAAUUGACCUGCAAGGGACUACAAUGUAAGCUGUCCAGUCCAAAUCAACACAAGAAAGAGAAGGUAUCGCUAACGAAAGAUUUGGGCAUACAGUGCGUGAACACGCCGAUCCAGGAAGACAAACCGAAGAAGGGCCAGAUCGACAAUAAAAUCGAAGAAAUACGAGCCCAAAAUAGGAAGGGCCCUCCCCAACGACAAAAAAAUUUGGGCCCGAAAAAACUGAGGAAGAAACACGGUAGUUUGAGUGAAAUUUUUCCGACCACAGAAUGCAGAAACGUGGGCAACAUGAUACAAAUAAACAGCAGUGCCGAAAUUAGGAGAAUCCUGAACGACGACCAAUCCGAUUCUAGUCUGACCCUGUCGAAUACAGGAGAGUACUUUAGGACAUUCCUGAGCCCAAAACCACUGUUGACGUACUACCAAACAAGUUCAACAUCCAAAGACAACAGAGGAGACACAAAUGAUGAGCACUACCCAAAGAAUGAGCCGAUAGUAAGAGUGGUGGAGGCUACAAACGACAAGAAUCGCAAAGAGAAACCAAAGAAUCAGGGCGUCACUACAAUCAACGAAAAGGAGCCAAUUUGUUCCGAACACUGUAAAAAGAAACAGAUACAGAAGGUCCCUACCUGCGAUUGUACAUACGAGGACACCAAACACAAAGCAACAAAAGACUCAUUCGUCUUAGGACCGUUACCACAAAAUGUAUGUUCUUCGAAAUGUAUCGGACCGUGUCAGGCACUAAGAAAAGCAGCGGCAACCCUCACUUGUCCAGGCGACUGUCCUUGUGCCGCCCAAAAAAACGUAGACUUACAAAACUCGCAAGUACCGUGCGUUUGUCCUGGUCCCGCCAUCAAGCAGUGCUGCGAGUGCAACCAAUGCUAUGAUGAAAUGACUAACGCCUGCAUUUGCGAUCUGUUAUGCAACCUAAGGGAUAGAAUAAAGAAGCAAACUCAGGAGCAGAAUAGAAAUCUGGAUCAGAUAAUCGAGGAGCUCAACAAACAGGAUCAGGAAAUACAAGAGAUCAGAAAAUACGUGGAGAAGUGCAAGAAAGAACAGAAGAAGAAGGGUCCGUGUUACAAAAAAAAUCCAGUUUGUUCCUGCUAUGCUGCAACAGUGGAAUACGAUUUUAUUGGUGGUACUGCUGCGACCAACGUCGAAGAGAUUGUGGAAGAGAAAUGUUUGAAGGAUGUUGGUGCAGGGGUUCCUGCAGAACCUGAAAUAAUACAACUAUUUGGAUCAGAAAAAAAAACAACUGAAAAGAAAAAGCACCAGUACCACGUUUUCGAAAAAGAAUCUUGGAAGGCCUUGUGGAAGAAUAAUAGCAAGGUUUUUUUCCCGAAUGAAUUCUUCAAAAAGAGGAAUAUUAUUCGGAAAAAACCCUCUUCGUCUUCGAAUGGACCCAAUGAAAAUUUCCAAUCGAAACAAAACAGAAAAGAUAAAAGAGACUAUAAACAAUGGUUCUCCAAAUUGGUAUGUUCCAAAAAAGAUUUGAGGAAGAAUGCAUCUUGAUGAAAUCUCUCAAGAAGUUAUUCUUCUUAUCUGUUCAGUAUCCAGUUAAAAUCCCGAAGUUGUUAUUGUGUAAUAUUGAGUAAUAAAAUUUCAACAAUAUCUAUACUAAA